AUGAAGACAGCAGGGACCCUCCUGGCUCUCUCACUCUUCCACCUCUGCUCCUCAAUCCCCAUCAGCCGCCCCUCCAACGGGCUCAGACAAUGUCGAGAGUCCACCAACACCUCCAUCACCGCUCUGGAGGUGCUGCCCGGCGGAGGCUGGGACAACCUGCGUAACAUGGACAUGGGCCGAGUCAUGAACAUGAGCUACUUCCAGUGCCAGACCACCGAGGACGGGAUCUACCUCAUCCCAGAUGAGGUGUUUGUCAUCCCCCACAAAGAGACGGGUGUGGAGACAAACUCAGAGAUAAUCAGCUCCUGGCUGGACCAGAAGAGCUCGACGUCAAACUCCAUCAAUGCUGAUCUAUCUUUUAACACCACAUUAAAUGCCAAAUUUUCCAAAGAGAACCAAAGAAUGAAAACCCAUCAGGUCAAAGACUCUUCAACCACAGCCAGAGUGCAGGUUCGUAACCUGAUCUACACAGUAAAGGCUUAUCCAGACUUCACUCUCGACACACACUUCGCACAACAGGCCAAAGAGAUCGCCAGCGCCAUUGAGAACAACCAAACAAGACAUGCAGACUACCUCUCGGAGAAGAUGGUUCUGGAUUAUGGGACACAUGUAAUCACGAGUGUUGAUGCCGGGGCUGCUUUGGUUCAGGAAGACUACCUCAGCUCCUCAUAUGUGUCAAACUCAGACACUUCGAGCAUCAAAGCACAGGCAGGGUUAAACUUCUUUGACAAACUCAAGUUUGACAUAAGCAGUCAAAGCAGCCAACAGAGCUCCUCACUUCGGACAUACCAGUCCAAUAUCCAGUACUCUCUCAUCCAAAGCCAUGGUGGCAUUCCUUUCUAUCCUGGCAUCACUCUGCAGAAGUGGCAGGAAAGCACCAAGAACAACCUGGUUGCUAUUGAUCGCUCUGGAUUUCCUCUGCACUUCUUCAUAAACACCAACACCCUCCCUGAUCUGCCACAGCCCACCAUUGGAAAAGUUGCUCUCAUAGUGAGUCAGGCCAUAGAGCGAUACUACAAGGUCAACAUGAGGCCAGGAUGUGUGGAUGUUGACUCCCAGAACUACAACUUCCAAGCCAACGUAAAUGAUUCGUCCUGCGAGGGUCCUGCUACAAACCUCAGCUUUGGUGGAGUCUACCAAGAGUGUGUUCCAAUCAGCGCAGAUGCAGGCCCUCUAUGUGACACCCUUGCUCAGAAAAACCUAGACACUGGUGAUUUCUCCUGCCGUCCUCCUUAUACCCGCACUUUACUGAGAUCAGAAGUGAGACAGCAGGGUUACACUUCGUACGACUGCCAUGAGGAAUCAUAUUCAUGUUGGUGGUUUUUUGACUGUGAUCGCCAAGUGUGUGGGGACACCUAUCAUGUUCGCUCUGCACACAUUAACACCUACUGGUGCUCUGUGAAUGGAAAGGCCCCAGACAACUCAGGGUAUCUGUUUGGAGGGAUUCACAGCCACUCUCUCCUGAACCCCCUCACCAAUGCCAAAAGCUGCCCACAAAGCUUCAUCCCAGUCAAGUUUCUCUCCGAUGGACAGGUGAUCUGUCUGAGCAAUGACUACGAGGCUGGCAGCAGAUUUGCAGUGCCGUUUGGAGGCCUCUUUAGUUGUCAGUCAAGCAACCCACUAGCUAACUCCCAACGUCGCUGCCCUCCCAAGUUCAGUCAGCAUCUCGCCACAGUGAGCGAUGGCUGUGAAAUCCUUUACUGUGUCCAGUCAAAGGCAUUCACAGAAGGGCAGCUGCUUCCUGUUCAUCUGCCUCCGUUCACUAAACGUCCGCUUGUCAGCAUGCACGCCACAAAUACGGUGAUGGUGAUGACUGAAGGAGAUAAGAGCUGGGUCAGAAUAGGGCAGACCAAGUCAUGGAAACUGGCGAAACCAGAGGAAAUCAAGAAAAUCGUACAAGAGAUCAACCCUGAAUUGAAUGGGAUGUCUAGUGGAGAGAAGGCUGGAGUAGCGUUUGGGGUGAUUGGGAUGAUGGUGCUGGUGGUGGUGGCAGUAGUCCUGGUGAAGAGGAGGAGGGGGCUGUCUGGGUUUAGGGCAGCUGGAGGCUAUCAAGAAAUACGUGGAGGAGCUGAACAGCAUGAGGAGGAGAGAGUGAUAUUGGAAGAUGAGUCUUGAGAAUAAAAGGAGAGGAUAGAAGAUCAGAUAUGAGGAAAGUAGAGAUGUAGCAACACACUUGAUUCACGGUACAAUACCCCUGAUAGACUGGCUGUAAAUAUAAGGCAUGCUUUUACACAUUUAGAUUUUAUAGUUCCUAAAAUAUUUUUCUGCACAGUAUCAUUACUACAAGGGAAUAUUUUUUUCAAAUAUCUUUGUCAGCUCUUACUUUUAAACCAUUACUAAUGAACAUUCAUGAGUGAAGAAUGUUCAACUUUUUUGAGAGCUCCUAGUUGGCAUUGCAUAAACCCUGUUUUUUGUUGUUGUUGUUUUUGUUUGUUUAAAAUAAUAGUUUUUACCUGUUAGUUGUUCAUGUGUAUGUUCUGACAAAUUUUAGGAUUUUUUUUAAUAGACAAUAAUUUACAACCAUUUCUCAGUUCAAUCAAACUCUGAGCCUAAAUAUUGUUUGUGUUCUAAAAGCAAUCUGUAAUUCUUUGAACCCAAAUGCCCAUUGGCCCAAUAUUGAAAAAAUUAAGGCAACACUGCCCCCAAGAGGCUGGGAUGAAUUAUGCCAUGCAAUUCUUUUUAUUCCUUCUUUCUUCAUUUAAAUCAUUUGUCUAAAUAAAUCACUUUCAAAAUGCUUUUACACUUUAAAUGAAUAGUUUGUAUUUUUUAACAUACUGCUGUCUCUAUCAAAGAAAAUUCAACGAGUUGAAUAAAGGAUUUGUUAUGUUUAGUCCUGAAAUUUUUGUGUCAUGCCAUGAAAACUGAGAAAUUCUUAUUUUAUGCAAUUUUAGCCCUU